UGCGCCCUCAGCAUGCGUCAUUUUCAACCAGCACACAGCAACAUUCAAGUGACACCGCUUUCUUGGGCGAAAUGGCAGUUUAACGGUUCGCGGCGGUCCUAGCAGCAGCAAAUCCAACAGUGCAUCAAUCCAGUGCACUGCUUCAACUUCAUAUUUGUCAAAAUGACGUCCCUUGUGGAAACCCUUAGCACUGCUGUAGUUGACAGCAUAAAAGAACCGCUCGACCUCCUACUGCAGUACCUACCGUCUCAGAUCCUAGUGACUGUACAACAACAACAGAGCUAUGACCAUGAUGAGCUCACAGUUUGGCCUGGACGAUAUGGAGGCCCUACUCAGGGGGCCUUCCUCUCUCAUGGCUGACCCCAUGGGGUCGCUGCUCUACCAUGAUGAAGUUACCUUGAUAGAGGGGGGGGCGUCACCCCUCUCGUCAUCUUCUCCAAUUCUCCUUCUAUCCCCUCCCUCUCCGCCUUCGCUGCUCCUCCAGGAAGAGAAGGCUGAGGCAUACUUGCUGUCCUUCCCUUGGCUAUCUGCUGAUGUGCUAGGCCACACCCAUCACAUUGGUGCAGAUAAUGGGAAAGAAGAUGCGUUUUCUGGCAUGGACUGGAUGGCUAAGAAGGUCGACCUGAGUGAGUUUGACCUGGACUCACUUAUAUGUUCCUGCAGCCCAGACGGUUCCCCCAGCUCCCCUGAAGACCUCAUUCCUUCCUUUGAGUGUCCCAUGGAGCUGGACUCACUGCCCCUCCCAACUCUCCCUACUCCCACGGACCUCCCCACCACCACUGAUCCACUCCUCCCCCCGACCGUCUCACAGCCCCAGGAAGACCCUCAGGAGGAGGUCCAUUCACCUCCCCCCUGCGUCCCCGAUGCCCAGGAGGAGCUGGAGAUCAAAUCAGAGCCCCAGUCCCCAGCCCCCUCUCUUCUUCCAUCUCCCACCUUCACCUUAAAGUUGGGUAGUGAGGUGGAUGCCUCGGCGAGUGUCAGCGAGAAGCUGCUUCACCUGGAGGUUCCCCAGCCGGUCCCCAGCAUCGUGCUGUCUCUCUCCCCGACCCGCAUCGUUGUCCUCCUGGCCCCUAAACACGAGGUUGGCGUGACAACCCCCACCGUCACCAUCCCAGAGAUCCUCUCCUCUGACAGUGAUGGCAGCUUAAGCUCCUCCGGUCAGCUCAACUGGCCCUCCAUCGCCACAACUCAGUCAAGGUUCCAAAACAGGAGAAACCCGUACCCAACAACCCCCAAGUCUAGGCCACAACAUCCAGACCAGCCAUCUCCCACCACCACAUCCACUGGAGGACCCCCGAAGGAGAAGAAGCUCAAGAAGAUGGCGCAGAACAAGACGGCGGCCACGCGCUACCGCCAGAAGAAGAAGACUGCGCAGGAGGACCUGAGCGCGGAGUGCGACAAGCUGGAGCAAAGGAACCACAAGCUGGCGGAGAAAGCAGACUCCAUCGCCAAUGGGAUCCAGUAUCUCAAGGACCUCAUGGAGGAGGUGCGCCAAGCGACGAGCAAGAAGGGACUCAGAGACCUCUAACCGUAGUGUAACCCACCAAGUAUCCUACUAUCUAUAAUGCUUUUUAAAUGCAUGUAUUGAGACUCCCAAAGCCCAAGUUCUAUUGACCUUCCUGCCUGUCUCCUCCUUUGAGUUUAAAGAAACUGUUCUUGUAGCUUGAGUUUGAUGUAGUCCCUGAUCUCUUGUAUAAAAACCUUAAGUAUUUUCCGAACAGUAUAUUGACUUGUGUAAUUAGUCUGAUCUUCUGUAGUCUGUGUCAUUGUUUAUUCUUAUCAAGACAUGUCUAUUUCUGUAGAAGCAUGUAGUCUUAAAUAGGUUUUGAAUCCUAUUAUUCAUAUGUAUUUUUACUGUUGUCUGAAUCGUAUCUAAUUGUAAACCUUUCAUUAUCUAUUAAAAAGUAAAAUCCA